AUGACAGCAGUCACAGAAGCGGUCUUAAAACUUACACCGAAAGCAAAGCCCUCACCUUACGCUAAACGAUGGUGGACGGCAGAUCUGACACAGCUUCGCCGUAUAUACACCUACUGGAGGAAUCAGGCCAGAUCGCGGCGUAGGGCGGGGUGUGCAAUCCCCGAUCUUGAACAACAGGCAUAUGAAGCGGCAAAAGAGUAUCACGAUGCAAUCAGGAAACAGAAGAAAGCGCACUGGGAGGAUUUCCUUGCCGAUGAUACUAAUAUAUGGCAAGCCACUAAAUAUCUAAAACCAGGGGGCAGCUCAUUCAGCGACAAAAUACCACCAUUAACAGAGCCAGAUGGGUCUACUACUAAAGGCAAAAUGGAACAGGCUGAAGAGCUGCUAGCCACGUUCUUCCCACCUCUACCAGCAACGAUUGAAGACGAGGGAACCCAGCCACAAAGGGAGCCGAUACAUAUGCCUGAUCUCACUAUAGAGGAGAUUGAACGGAAAGUCUUCGAAGCUAAGCCAUGGAAAGCAGCCGGAGAGGAUGGCCUCCCAGCAAUGGUGUGGAGACAGCUCUGGCCAGUGGUCAGAGAAAGAGUAUUCCAUAUCUUUCAGACAUCACUUCAAGAUAGCGAGCUCCCUUCCCAGUGGAGAAAUGCCAAGAUUAUACCGCUGAAGAAGCCGGCGAAGGAUAACUACUCACUAGCUAAGUCAUGGAGACCCAUAUCAUUGCUCUCCACGCUAGGCAAAAUCCUAGAAGCGGUUAUUGCAGAGAGGAUAUCCUAUGCAGUCGAAACCUUAGGUCUGUUGCCCACAAAUCACUUUGGAGCAAGAAAGAGGCGAUCUGCAGAACAGGCACUUCUAUUCCUUCAAGAAGAAAUCUAUAAGGCUUGGAGAAAUAGAAAGAUUGAUGCUUUCUGCUCAAAACGCACAGCAACUAUCUUGGUCAAUAGAUUUCCAAGCGAACAACGGGAACUACCACAGGCAGGCUUACCACAAGGAUCACCACUGUCCCCAAUACUGUUUCUCUUCUUCAAUGCGGAUCUAGUGCAACAUAAGAUAAACGCGGCAGGAGGAUCCAUUGCAUUUGUGGACGAUUACACAGCCUGGGUAAUAGGCCCGACUGCCGAAUCAAACCGACCGGGCAUCCAGGCGAUAAUUGAUAGAGCUCUAGACUGGGAGAGAAGGAGUGGAGCUACAUUUGAAAGUGAAAAGACAGCCAUUGUGCACUUCACCCGGAACACAGAUCGAUCGAGCAGUACGCCAUUCACAAUCAGAGGGAAAAUGGUCAAACCAAAGGAUAGUGCAAAGAUCCUAGGGGUCGUGAUGGACUCCCAACUACGCUUCGAGAAACACAUUGCCAAUGCGGCCACUAAAGGACUCAUAGCCGCGAUGGCGCUGAGAAGACUGAAAAUGAUAUCCCCACGAACAGCAAGACAAUUAUUCAGAGCAACAGUGGCACCAGUGGUAGAUUAUGCCUCUAGUGUCUGGAUGCAUGCCUUUACAGGAGCCUUCCGGACCGUGGCAACAGCAGUGGCUAAGGCAGAAGCAGGCAUUCAGCCGUUCUAUCACCGAUAUAUAGAGAAAGCUACGAAACUGUGGAUCGACAUUCAGACACUACCCAAAUCAAACCCCCUGGUCAGAUUGAGAACCAUGUCAACCCGGAGGUUCAAGUCUCCGCUGCAGAAGAUAUCUCAAGCACUAGAUGCAAUAGUAAUAGAGCAGAUCGAGACUAUACAGGCAUUUACAGUGUCACCGUGGAUAGGCCGGAUACGAACGAUAUGUGAAACGGAUGGAGAUAAAGCCAUUGACAUCGCUGGCAAAGCAAUAGGCAUUCUAAUCGCGACAAGUGCAUCUGCCAGAUCCGGAAUGGUGGGUAUGGGAGGCUAUAUAAGAGACACCCAAGCAGACAACAACGGGACCGAUAUAUCUAGAUACUCCAUCACCCUAGGCAAACGGACGGAGCAAAAUCCCUACACAGCCGAGCUAGAAGCGAUAGCGGUCGCUCUAGAACGUAUCCUACCGGAGACAUGCCAGAGAUGGAUAUCUAUCCUUAGUAGCAACAGAUCCGCACUAUCAGCAAUCAGUCAACCCCGUCAACAAUCGGGCCAACUGACCAUCCGGCGGAUCUACAGACUGAUUCAGUUCUUACAGCAGCGAGGUAACGCGGUUAAUGCAAUUUGGAUCCCAGGGCAUGCAGACAUCGACUUGCAGCGGCAAGCAAAAGCAGAAGCACGAAAAUCGACAGGAACAGAACGCCUACCAGAAAAACAACCAUUCCACGCUAAAUCAACUACUAUCAGGCUCGCCCUGGCGGUACGGAAACGAGAAUGGACUCUCCCAGAGGAGGUCGGAAAAUACUCAAAGGCCCUGGAUAUAGCUCUUCCAGGAAAACAUACAAGGAACUUAUACGAUGGACUGAAUCGGAAAGAGGCAAAGACCCUAGCCCAGCUUCGAACAGGAAUGACAAGGCUCAAUAGCUAUCUGAACAGAAUAGGCGCAGCACACUCAAACCUCUGUGUCUGCGGUCAAGCAAGCGAGACAGUGGAACACUUUUUAUUCCGCUGCACCAAAUGGACAGUGAUGAGAGAAGGCAUGAACCAAUGCACAGAGUCAAAACGAGGAAAUCUGUCCUUCUUCCUGGGCGGAAAGACACGGUCAGAUUCGGAUCAAUGGCAACCAGACAUGAAGGCCGUCCACGCAGCAAUCAAGUUUGCGAUUACAACAGGAAGACUGGAACCGGAACCGGAAUCCGAAUCUGAAUCCCAAUCAACACAGUGA